AUGUUUUUAUAUUUAUCUCUACUAAUUUUAAUCAAUUUCACAUUUCAACAAGAUGUUCUACUUCAAUCAAAAUUUGGAUGGAUUCGAGGAUUACGACAAUUUGAUAAUGUUGAUUCAUUUCAUGGUUUGAGAUAUGCUAAUCAACCGGAUCGACUUGUCAAAUCAAAAGUGAUCAAUCGAUGGGAAGGAAUUGUAAAUGCAACUGAUUAUGGUCCAAAAUGUAUAAAAGCUAGAAGACCAGAACAUCCUGAUAGAUAUAGUGAAGAUUGUCUUCUCAUGAAUAUAUUUACACCAGCUGAUAGAGAUGUUUGUUGAUUCUUUCGUAUAUUAACUUUUUUCAACAAUUUUAUUUCCAGAAAAAUAGUUCAAAACUUCCAGUGGCCGUUUUUAUUUAUGGUGGGGGUUUUGAAAAAGGAAGUGUUGAUGAAAAACAAGCAAAUGGAUUUAUGACAAGAUUUGUGAAACGGGGAAUUGUUGUUGUAACAUUUCAAUAUCGAGUUGGAGCACUUGGAUUUUUAACAUUAGGUUGUAAUUCAACAGUUCUUCAAUGUAAUCUCGGAUUAUGGGAUCAUUACACAGCAUUUCAAUUUAUUAAUCAGACAAUUGAAUCAUUUGGAGGAAAUCCAAAAAAUAUGACAUUAUGGGGACAUAGUGCAGGAUCUGUAGCUGUUAGUAUUCAUUCACAUUCACCACUAACUUCAAAGUUUUUCAUAAAUUAUAUUGAAUUAAGUGGAUCAUCGUUCACUCUUGGAUCUGAUAAUCGGGAUAAUUAUCCAUUAUCUGUUGAGUAAGGUUUUUUAUUUUCUGGGAAAACAACUAACAUAUUUGUUUCCAGAAUAAUUCGAGAUCUCAACUGUAAUUUAACAAAUAUCGUAACAUGUAUCAAAGAUAAAACACUUGAUGAAUUAUAUACAGCUCAAGUUGGUAGACAUGUUUGGCCUGCUUUCGGAGAUGAAAUUAUGCCAAAACAUCCAGUGUUUUUAUCAAAUGAAACAAAGGGCCAAAAUCUUUUCACGGGUCUUCAAACUUUAGAAGCUCUUUACUUCAGUAAGAAUUUCUUGAAUUUUUUUGGAAAAUUAUUUUAAAUUUUAGCUUAUCUUGAUUCUGAUCCUGCUGAAUUCAAAAAUGUUGAUAGAGAUACAGUAAUCGAAUAUAUCAAUUCUUCUUUUGCUAGGUAUUAUGGAUUAGAUUCUGUGACCGCAUUUGCUGAUCUUGUUGAAUAUUUUAUUCCGCCUGGACAAACUUCUGAUAAUGAUUAUGUAUAUUAUAUGAGACAAAAAACAAAGGUACAAUUAUUUCCAACAAUUCGAAGGUAAAUUCAAACAAUUACAGAUUCAAUCCAAUGCAAUGUUCGAUAUCGCAGUUCUACGAGAAAUCAUACAAAAACUCGAAUUCUCUCCAAACAUAUAUGUUUACCAUUUUGAACAUUUCAGUAAAAAUCAGUUUGCUAAAGAUUUUCCACUGAAAUCGAGUUAUCAUUGUAAUGAGUUUCCGUUUGUUUGGGGAACUUAUGAAGAUGUCGAAUUCGAAUUGGACGAAGAUGAUCAUAUUGUUGGGAGAUUCAUGGUUGAAGCUCUUGUACAAUUUAUUAUUACGGGAAAUCCAUCAACAAAUAAUUUUAGUUGGCCAGUUACAAAUAAUGAUUUGAGGCAUGUUAGAAUAACUCCAAAUGUUACAAUCCAAUAUGGUAAGAAAAUUUCAGAAUUGUAUUCAGAAAAAUAAAACAAAAAUUGCAGAUCUUUUCAAAGAUGACUUCACGUUUUGGGACAAAAUGGUGCGCAUUUUCAAUUUUGACGCAAUUACAGGUCUAAAGUAUAACAAACCUACUCCUUCAAGUUCAAAUAAUUUAAAUAAUAAGUACAUAAUAUUAAUUACAAUAAUAAUCUCAUUAACUUCAAUAAAAUCAUUUUAUUAA